UGGAGGGCAAGACUGCGGCAGCAGGAGCAGGCUCAGAUGUCUUCCAUGGAUCGUGCCGCACUGAUUGCGUUGUUUCAUUCGACUGAUGGAGCAAAUUGGAAAAGGAAAAGGAACUGGAACACGGAAGCGGGGCUGGCUACUUGGGAGGGGGUCAGACUUAACCACGCGGGCCGUGUGGUGGAGCUGGCCCUGCCGAACAACAACCUCCACGGGUCCAUCCCCGAGGCGCUUGGAGCUCUCAGCGAGCUGAAGAAUCUUGUCAUGAGCAACAACAAGCUCACUGGGUCCGUCCCGAGAGAGCUUGGAGGUCUCGGCAAGUUGGAACAGCUCGGGCUCGACGGCAACGAACUUACGGGUUCCAUCCCCGGAGAGCUUGGAGGCCUCGGAAAGGUGCAAUUUCUUCGACUUGACGGCAACAAGCUGACCGGGUCCAUUCCUGAGGCGCUUGGAGCUCUCAGCGAGGUGAAGGUGCUUUACUUGCACGACAACAAGCUCACUGGUGAGGCUGGAUGGCGUGCGAAGAUUGAUUCCUUUCGUGUCUCGCCCACGCGGUAGGUCGGACCGAUGUUGAACCAGCCGGCCGCAUCAUACCUUUACACCACGCCGCGCCCACCAGCGGCGAUCUACAAUAACGAGAUCACCAUUUGGCUCUUUCGAUUGUUGCAGGGUCCAUCCCGAGAGAGCUUGGAGGUCUCGGCAAGUUGGAAAAGCUCUGGCUCGACGGCAACGAACUUACCGGUAAGGAAGAGUUAACCUCCGUGUUAUGCGGGAACAGUGCCGACUACACGCCGUAUUUGGCGACCCUCUCUGCGUCUUCGAGUCGCUCAGUUGGAUUGGUGCAUGUUGCGGAGCCUUGGCUCAGGUUUGCAGUUGGUUUGUUACAUGAGACUCGUGGUGUCGCCUGCACGACGCGCGACGUGGUUGUAUGUAUGUACGCGACAUGUCAGAUGGCCCGUAACGACGUGGGGACUACACGUGACACUCCCCCAAAUAUGACCUAUCGGUGGCUCCUCGUUUCAUAUGUUGGGGUGUCAUCACCGCUAUAUGUUGCCUUCCACAGCAGCUUCACGAUACAUGAUGCUUGCAACCCAGGGCGUGCCACCUCUUAGAGGUGGUCGUUUGAUUUUCCUUUCGCCCUUCCUCGGAACCCAUCGACUAUCCAUCGGAAAGAGAGGCCACAGGAGGCUGGCAAUGGCGUGACCUCUUUGUGUCCGUACUUCAAUACCUUGCUCCAUGAACGAUGACAAUCUCACACCUUCGAACCGUUGUACAUCUUAGAGGCACAGAAGGCAUGACUCGGGCGGGGGACGUUUCCCCUUGCACCAUGUACCUGUAUUCCUGGCAUUUUGGCCUAGACCCGGAAACGAUGCUGUUGGAGAUACAGGUCGAAUUUUGUCUGAGUAGGGGGGCCUCCGUGCCCUGCAAGAAACCAACGGGAAAUCAGAUAGUGAGACGAUCGGCAGGAUGUAGCAGUUCGAGGGCUCAAGACUGUUGACGUGAGUGUCAGGUCGAUGUGUUGGUCGUGGUAGUCCGGACGCAAGCGAGCUCACCGGCAAGAGCUUGUGGUUGCCAUUAGAGGGUUUCAAUAGAUGGUCUGGUUGGCUUCUAUGGCGUCCCCCGAAGCCUCGGGAGGGUGGCGAUAUUCUGAUCUUGGAGAACGCAUGCGAGUCGAUUGCACGUGAGACGUACAUCGCAAGGUGAAGAAUCUUGUGCGUUGAGCGACACCAAGUUCAUGUGUGAGAGAGGAUGGCGUGGGGACGUGGGUUCAUUUCGUGUCUCGCCCACGAGGUAGACGGGUCCGAUGUUGAACAAGCCGGCGGCAUGACACAUGUUUCCUCAUGCCCAGUACACCAGCAGCGAUUGUCUCGUAGCUGGUGUUGGGUUCUGGAAAACAGUUUGGCUAGGUUGUAGAGCACCUCCGUACAGUACACACAAGGCGUGGGCGACACAUGAUGUCCUGCGUUACAUGUGCAUUUUGACCAGGCAAUGCGGCUCAUUGUGCUUUUGUCUCGUGCAGGGUCCAUCCCCGAGGCGCUUGGAGCACUCAGCGAGCUGCAGGCGCUUGUCAUGCACGACAACAAGCUCACUGGUGAGACUGGAAGGCGUGCGAAGAUUGAUUCCUUUCGUGUCUCGCCCACGCGGGUCCAUCCCGAGAGAGCUUGGAGGUCUCGGCAAGUUGGAACAACUCGGGCUCAACGGCAACGAACUUACCGGUAAGGGAGAGUUAACGUCCGUGUUGUGCGGGAACAGUGCCGACUACACGCCCUAUUUGGCGACCCUCUCUGCGUCUUCGAGUCGCUCAGUUGGAUUGGUGCAAUUUACGGAACGUUAGCUCAGGUUUGCAGUUGGCAUGUUUCAUGACACUCGUAGUGUCGCCUGCACGACGCACGACGUGGUUGUAUGUAUGUACGCGACAUGUCAGAUGGCCCGUAACGACUUGGGGACUACACGUGACACUCCCCCAAAUAUGAAGGCAACCUAUUGGUGGCUCCUCGUUUCAUGUGUUGGGGUGUCAUUUCCGCUAUAGGUUGCCUUCCACAGCAGCUUCACGAUACAUCGUGCUUGCAACCCAGGCCGUGCCACCUCUUAGGGGCGGUCGUUUGAUUUUCCUUUCGCCUUUCCUCGGAACCCAUCGACUAUCCAUCGGAAAGAGGGGCCACAGGAGGCUGGCAAUGGCGUGACCUCUUUGUGUCCGUACUUCAAUACCUUGCUCCAUGAACGAUGACAAACUCACACCUUCGAACCGUUGUACAUCUUAGAGGCACAGAAGGCAUGACUCGGGCGGGGGACGUUUCCCCUUGCACCAUGUACCUGUGUUCCUGGCAUUUUGGCCUAGACCCGGAAACGAUGCUGUUUUGUCUGAGUAGGGGGGCCUCCGUGCCCUGCAAGAAUACUGACCGGAAAUCAGAUACAGUCGUCCCCGCUUUAAAGACACUCUUUUCAAGGAAACUCCCCGCUAUAAAGACACAUUUUUUCCCCAGAACAUGGUGCCUCGCAGAUGUACAAUAAUAUAGGGGAGUAGCGUUUCCACUAUGCGCCCCCCCCCCCCAAAUUAUUGCUGGGGCAGCAAAUCUGUAAGGCAUUGUAACAUCGACAGCGGUCUGCUUCAGCCCGCACUACUGCGUGUGGGUAUGGAGAGAUUCCUCCCAUCUGCUGGCGGGUCGUCAGCUGCCGGCUUGAGGCCAUGUGGCGAACCCACGAGCCAGCAAAAGUCUCAACUCGUGUCGUUG